CAGUCCCUAAUCAAUAACAUAAACAUAAAGCAAGAUGCUUUGUUUUCCUUACUCGUUCUUGCUAAUUUUCACAAUCACCUCCUUUCUUUUGCUUCCUCGUCCAUCUCAAGCUCAAUUGAAUUCAACGUUUUACUCUUCUACGUGCCCGAACGUCUCCAACAUUGUUACUACUGUAAUCCAGCAGGCUUUACAGUCCGAUCCACGGAUUGGCGCAAGCCUCAUUCGCCUCCAUUUCCACGAUUGCUUCGUUCAGGGGUGUGAUGGAUCGAUUUUGUUAGAUGACAACAAUGGAAGUAUACAAAGUGAGAAGGAUGCAGCUCCAAACACGAAUUCGACCAGGGGGUUUGAUGUUGUGGACAACAUCAAGACUGCUGUCGAGAAUUCGUGCCCCGGUGUUGUGUCAUGUGCCGACAUUUUGGCACUUGCUGCUCAAUCCGCUGUUUCUUUGGCAGGAGGGCCGUCAUGGAAUGUAUUGUUAGGAAGAAGAGAUAGUCGCACUGCAAACCAGGCAGGAGCUAAUACUUCCAUUCCUGCACCCUUCGAGCCCUUAACCAAUCUUACUGCCAAGUUUUCUGCUGUAGGUCUCAAUGUUACUGAUCUGGUUGCAUUGUCAGGUGCACACACAUUUGGACGUGCACAAUGCAGACUAUUCAUCAACAGGUUGUACAACUUCAGCGGCAGCGGCGGCCCUGACCCGACUCUGAACACAACAUAUUUAGCUACGCUCCGCCAGAUUUGCCCGCAGAACGGGAGCGGAUUCGUGGUGGCGAAUCUCGAUCUGAGGACGCCUGACACGUUUGACAACAACUACUACUCAAAUCUGCAGAGCAAUGAAGGGCUUCUUCAGUCGGAUCAAGAACUGUUUUCCAGUUCGGGAGCACCGACGAUACCGAUCGUGAACCUGUUCAGCAGUAAUCAGAGUGCAUUUUUUGAGAGCUUCGUGCAGUCGAUGAUCAAAAUGGGAAACAUUACUCCGUUGACGGGUUCAAAUGGGGAGAUCAGAGCAAAUUGUAGGAGGGUCAAUGGAAGCUAGCUAUAUACAUACAUUUAUUAUUUUUUGAGUUUUCAAAAGCUUGGAAAUUAAUAAUUGUAAUCUUUUUGUACUUUGGUCCAAUUUUAUAUUUGAUAAAAAUGAAAUGAUGAAGUAUGAUCAUGCCCAUAAUUAAC